AAGGGAAAUUCCAAUUUAAAGAUGAAACCUCUACACUGGGCUUUACUCUUACUUCUGGCAAAAACAGGCAAGCCUGCUUACCGGGUUACUUUAAUGAGUUUAUUCAAUUCGGCUGGCUGUGAGGAAAUUACACUGUAUAUUUUCUGAUAUAUUUUGAUUGUUAACCCAGAUGUGCUAGCGCAAAGUUGCAAGGAAGGCUCAGUGGUAAAUGAUCAUUUUGGUCAGCGACGUGUGUGUCGUGGCGGGAAACUGGGGAAUCCUUGUCGAGUUCGACGAGAAUGGAGUGGGAUGCUCCCUGGAGAGAGGUAUGUUAUAAUAACGCCUGAAUUGAGAGCAAAGUUUCAGUAUGACUGCCUAGCGCAGGACAUAAGUAUAAGUACAAAAUAGAGCUAAUCAAAAACACCCUUGGAACCGAAUGGUGCUGAGUUAUGCUUUAUAUGCUUGUGUAACUAUGAACACAACUAUUUCUGAGUAAGCGCAUUAUCAGUUUUGCUCUUCUAGGAUCUAGUUCCGUGCGUAAUAAAUCUGAUAAAUUCACGACUCAUUCAGGCGUCAAUUAAGCUGGCCUGCGAUCAGAUAAUUCCCUUAUUUACCAGAGAUAGCAGAUAAGACGUCGAGGUAAGUACGCAUCCCGGCUUGGUACGCUAAUGCGCAGAAAUUUUAGCCAUCGAAACCGCAGGCUUGAGUCCCCUCGCGGGGGACGAUGUCCUAUACGCUUGCGUAUUCGCUCACUGUCCUAUGUAUGCAGAAUACAACAAGAGAACUCAUAUCAUAAACUACAGGUGCUAUAAAUUAAACAUGCGAUCAUCAGUCGAUGUUAAUUGAGGGAAAAACUAAUGGAAAAGCUAGAGGUAACCGUGAAUAUGUAAGAAGUAAGUUAUGGCCGCAUCAUGCAAGAAAUAAACCUGACGGGAAAUCUGACGUACACUCAGUCGCCGCAUGUAUCGACAUGUAGCCGGUUAACGCAAGACAUGUAGCCUGUGUUACCAGACCCCUCCUCCCCUCUGAUUUUUACUAAGUGGGGGGAGGGUCGGUACACAGGUUACAAGACACGCCAUAGUCUUGGAUCAGUCUGUAUUCUACGCCGUGGCUUACGGAUUCUUGGUUUCCGCAUUCCUUGAGCUGAAUUCAAAUACCUGAGUCCAGGAAAUCCAGAUUUUGAAAGCAAUAAUAACCCGUAUUGCCUUACAUCGGGCGAUGCACUAAGCCAUGACCGGUUUCGCCUCGUAGAAAAGUCAUUACAAUAGACCUUUUUCAACCCGUAUGGGAGGCAUCGCGCGCGAAAUGCUGUAGGUCAUUUCCGAGUUCCCCCGGGUUUUUGUAUAAAAACGAGGUUAAGUGUUCAGCCUUUGAUAUGGAAAUGAUUUUUCAUUCUCAUGUAAGUAAAACUCAUUUUCACAAGGAAGGUUGUGCACUUGGCCUCAUUUUGAAAGUGGGGGUUUUUGGAACUCGGAAGUGGCCUAUUAGCUAGUUUUAACUAUUCCAGCGAAAACUUUAAGUUCAGUGAUAUAUUAAGCAACAUUUAUAUUAUUACAUUCCUACCAUGACAGCUCACUACUUAUUGAUAAAAAGUUACUAGUUAAGAAUUGCAGGUUGAAAUGUUCAAGACAAAGAGAGUAACUGAAAAGUACCGUAAUAAAUCAUCUUUUCAGUCAAAACUAUCCACUGAAUAGAGUUGCCCUCCAUACAUGCUUAAGCUGGCUUACGACAAAAUAAGAUGCAUAACUUGAUUUGAUAUAUAUAUAUUGAAACAAUGCAAUUGUUUCUUGAUCCACCAGGUACCGCUUUAUUCGCGCAAUCAAGAAAGCAUCUCAACGCCAAGAUUAUAAGAAUCUUAUUACGAAGCAUUCUAAGGAGUUUAACAAUAUACAUAACGCCAGGCAAUUUCUGGCCUGGCACAGAUGGUAUUUACUGCACAUUGAGAACAUUUUACGUAAAGUGGAUCCAAUAGUGACGGUACCAUAUUGGGACUGGAGUUUAUGGUCUGGAGCACCAUGGCUGGAUCAGGUGAUUAUUAUGCGUUAUGUUCAGUUGGGGACAUUACGAGCGCUCCAUGUCAGCUAAAGGAGACGCCCCGCUCCAGUAUCUCAAGAUGGCUAGUUAUUAUUGCCUUAUGAAUUUUGCAAAGCCAACAUGCAGCAAAUUUCAUCGAGCAAGGUUUGUCAUGAUUCAAAAAGGACGUGACCUGGCCGGCUUAGACCCACCUUAUCCCAAUCAUGAUUAAUGAUUUUUAUACUUCUUUCUUAAUUAUAAUUUAAUUUUAUAAAGAAUUGACAGAAACCGCGAAGUCUUUUCUUGUUCACAUCCAGGGAACCUCUAUAAGUUCCGUAUUUUAUGCAAUUUAAUCCAUUUUCAUUCUUUGGUUAUUUAUGCAGGAUAAAUAAUAUAAGCUGUUGUUGUUAGAAAGUCUGCGCAUUAUCUUAAAGCUCCUUUUAUUAUGGUUAGUUUUAGAGGGAUCCUUCUUUCUCCACCAGGAGCAACUAGGAAAUAAGAGAUGUCUAGCACAGAUUAAGGUCCUUUUCCAUGUGCACGAGAAGUUAAUCCGUCUACAUCUUGAAUGUUGCAAAAUUAAUAUGAGUAGCUUUUAACUCACUUUUUCAGAUCAUGAGCUUUUGGAGUAAUGCACCAUGGGGAUUUGGUAGUAAUGGCGGCAGAGAUGGCUGCGUGUACAACGGACCUUUUGGAAAAAACAAAUGGUCACUAACUAACGGAGAAUGUCUCAAGAGGGGCUUCAAUGGUAAGAUUUUACAAACACUCCCACAGAGAAAUCAAUCAAGAUGCUGAUCGAUGCUGAGGUCUCCAUCGUCAAUUAUGCAUCAGUCAAUUCCAGCUGUGCCCAGCCGUCCUCUCGGGCUGACCCCUGGGCAUUAGCAUUUUUUUGCCUUGGAUGGCAAAUUCCUGGGAGUGGGGACUCUUGAGCUGUCAAAUCCCCCGGGGUGGGGACGAAAAAAGAGGGCAAAUGCCCUGUCCUCCGUCACCACUUCAACAUUUUUUCAGUGAUUACACGGUCAAAUAGUGCCGUUUUAAACAUUUCAAUGUGCGAUUUUUUGUUUCAAGUAACCUCUUCCUUUGUAAUAGCGCUAGGAUUCUAAUUAAGACUUCACGCCGCGAUUACAUGCGGCUUGAAGUUUUUUGAUAUAAAAUUAUUGACAUUAAAAUUGAUAGAGCGUUGUAAAGUUGUAUGUUAUGCAUAGUUUUAUAAAUAUGAAAGGAUCUUCUUCAAAUAAAAUCAACAGAAAUUUGAUUCACUAACCAAAAAACGUUGAUUCACGUUGAUAGCUCCGGAGUUUCGCUAUGUAAUUCUGGCUUGAUAAGCAAUGAAAUGCAUGCAUAGAAUCGAGAACAUGCGCAGCUGGAAUUGACUGAUGCAUUACAGUUCAUCAGGGCCAUAAUAAAUUACAAUGAAUUAUUAAUUCAUUUACUUUACAGGACAAAAUUAACUUUGGGUUGAUACUUACAUACACUAAUUUACCGGUGGCUUUUCUUAUUGUAGGCAAUCCACCAGACUGCAUCGCGGUUCACAAAUGCCUACGAAUCUUUUCUCACAAGUUCGCCGAAUUUGAGUCGACACUCCGCGAUACCUUACACAACAAUAUGCACUGCAGAAUUGGCGGGAAAGGCGGCACAAUGUGUUCCAAGCAAUCAGCUAAUGCCCCAGAAUUCCUUCUUCACCACGCAUUUACUGACAAGCUCUGGGCUGACUGGCAAAAGAAAGAGACCCGCUAUAAAAACGCUUACUUUCGCGGGAAUAUCUAUUUAUAUGGAAUCACCCCCGGAAUGAGGCCUCAAAAUCUUUUGGAUCUGUCCAAACAACCCGGGGGAGUUUGCGUAAUCUACGAUGACCCACCCCACGAGAACUAUAAGCUUUGUCAUGAUAACCUGGCCAAAUUGACGUUAGCAGAGAUCGACGCCAUUCCAAGACAGAAGUUCACCCGCCUCAGCAGUCUUGAGUUUGAUUUGUUCAUGGUUAAGAAGAAAGGGAAAGCUAGGGCGAUUAAAGAAUUGAAAAGUUUGGGGCCCAAGAGUGUCUUGUCCAAAAGUGUGAAGCUGAAAUUUCAAGAUAACAAACUAGGCUUCAAACUGGACGACGUAAAAGAAGCGAUUGAGAGAAAAAGGAAGAAAAAGCGAGAAGAAUGUAAGAAACUAGAAGAACAAAUUGCAAUAGAAGAUUAA